AGAGAGAGAGAGAGAGAGAAGAAGGAAGAAGGUCUUGCAUUUCUCAUGAACUGUGGAGUCGUGUUGGGUUUCUACUGCUGGGAUUGGGAGUUCAUAACUGCCCUUCUUCUCUUCUGAUCACAAACUCUCAUCAACCUUCUUCAAUCUCUUCUCAAAUCAUUCUCAAAAAUGGAGAAAGGGUCGUUGGAGUGUGUCAGAAAAUUCUCCACAGCACCCUUUUUGUUGAAGACAUAUAUGUUGGUUGAGGAUCCUACGACCAAUGAUGUUGUGUCGUGGAAUGAUGACGGAACAACGUUUGUGGUGUUGCAACCUGCAGAGUUUGCUCGUGAUCUUCUUCCAACUCUCUUCAACCAUUGCAACUUCUCUAGCUUUGUUCGCCAGCUCAAUACUUAUGGUUUUCGUAAAGUUAGAACAAGCAGAUGGGAAUUUUGCAACGAGCGAUUCAGAAAGGGUGAGAAAGAACUGUUAUGCGAGAUUAGACGUAAAAAAUCAUGGGUGAGCAAGAAGCAACAUGGACCACAAGACUCAGAUGAAGAUCAAAGGUCCUUAGCAUCAACCUUUUCUUCAAAUUAUGCAGUUCUGAUGCAUGAAAACAAGCGACUCAAGAAGGAGAAUGAGGUAUUGCACUCAGACCUUACAACCAUCAAUACCAAGUGCAGGGACUUGCUCGAUUUGGUCACCAAAUAUUCAUGUGCAAAGGCAGAAGGACUUGAUCAUAAACCAAUGUUGUUUCGGAUAAUAUUGGAACAAGUUCAAGGACAAACAGAGGUUAAAAACAACAACAAAUAG